AUGGCUACGAAAAAGCCGCUAGCAAAAGAGAUUCCUGAUGUGGUCUACGAUGAUAAAGGCAAACCCUACAAGAAGGGCCGAUUUCUUGGGAAAGGAGGAUUUGCAAGAUGCUACGAACUCUACGACAGGCAACGCAACAUCACAUUUGCUGGAAAGAUCAUCUCGAAGCAUCUACUCAAAGGAAGCAAUCAAAAGGAAAAAGUGACCCAAGAGGUGACCAUUCAUCGUGACCUUUGUCAUCCGCACGUUGUACGAUUUGACGGAUACUUCGAAGACCCGGAGAAUAUCUACAUCUUGUUAGAACUCUGUCCAAGACGAUCACUAGUGGAAUUGCACAAACGACGCGGAGCUCUUACGCCGCCAGAAGUCCGUUACAUGACACUACAAAUCGCCGAGGGAAUCGAGUACCUUCACGCGAGAGCCAUCAUUCAUCGGGAUCUCAAGCUCGCAAAUGUCUUUUUGAAUGAUAGGAUGAUAGCUAAAAUCGGCGACUUUGGCUUGGCAACGAUGAUGGAGAAAGGAAACGAAAGGAAGAAAACUUUAUGCGGCACGCCGAACUACAUUGCACCUGAGGUUUUGGAGAAGGCCGGUCAUGCGUUUGAAGUGGACGUAUGGGCUUUGGGUUGCAUUCUCUACACUCUUCUCGUCGGCACACCACCAUUCGAAACGAAGUCACUCCAAGAGACGUAUCGACGCAUUAAAAGCAAUCAGUAUCGCAUCCCAUCUACCAUCGGAAACACAGCUGCGAAGGUGAUCCGGGAACUUCUAGCUGCAAAUCCAGCUAGUCGACCAAAGAUUGGAGACGUGAGAAAAUAUGCCUAUUUUACCGAAUACACACCAACACAUCUGCCCACAUCUUGUCUCACGUUACCUCCAAAGUUUUCUAAGGAUCUUUUCAAUAAAUUGCGCGCAACUCUUCUCAAAGGUGGAACUCGUAACAUUGCUCCGGUCGAGGAUUUGGCCGAAGCACCGGAGUGUAUGCCCGUCUUUUGGGUUAGCAAAUGGGUAGACUACUCCGCUGGAGAGAAAUUUGCACCAAAGGAAGGUGAUGAGCUGGCUCGUCUCCCAUUUCUUCGCAGUUGGUUCCGCACUGACUCAGCGAUUGUUUUGCACCUCACAAAUGGCACGCUACAGAUAAAUUUCUUCGCCGAUCACACCAAGCUCAUCCUAUGCCCUCAUCUUGGCGCCGUCACGUUUAUUGAUCGCGAGAAGGAGCUGCGCACCUUCAAAUUGGAGUUACUUGAAACACAUGGGUUCGACGCUGAGUUGCGAUCGCGUCUCAAAUACGCCGGGGGGUUGAUUGAACGAUUAAUAUCAAAAGCGGGUGGGAUCGUCAAACCAGAAGUUUCAAGCGCCAGCGGACAAUCGGCACGGUCAUGCGGAGUCAGCUCUCAAAGCAAAGGCUUAACCAUCGCAAAGCUGAAC